AUGGGUAAGAAAAACAGCAAGUUAAAGGCAGAAUUGGUCGAUGAAUUAACGCAACAUACCCACUUUACUGAAAAAGAAUUGCAGCAAUGGUACAAGGGAUUUCUAAAAGACUGCCCAAGUGGAUUACUUGAUCUAGAUGAAUUUUGCAAGAUAUACAAACAAUUUUUUCCUUUUGGUGAUCCGGUAAAGUUUGCCAGCUUCGUAUUUAACGUAUUUGAUGAAAAUAAGGACGGAACUAUUGAAUUUCGGGAAUUCAUAUGUGCCCUAUCAGUAACCUCUCGUGGCAGUUUAGAUGAGAAACUUAAAUGGGCUUUUCGAUUAUAUGAUCUUGACAAUGAUGGAUAUAUUACACGGUCAGAAAUGUUAGAUAUUGUUGAUGCAAUUUAUAAAAUGGUGGGAAAUAUGGUAAAGCUACCAGAAGAAGAAAAUACAGCUGAGAAAAGGGUUGAAAAAAUAUUUAGACAAAUGGACAAGAACGACGACGGACGAUUGUCCAUGGCAGAGUUUCAAGAUGGAUCAAAAUCCGAUCCAUCUAUUGUUCAAGCACUUUCUCUGUAUGAUGGCUUAGUGUAAAGAUUAAUUGUUUUUGUAGCAUGCAAUUAUUGCAAUUUUAAAUAAUCUACUGUAAUGCAUAGCUGGUUAGACUGAUACCGUAAUAAUAGGCCAACAUUAAUAUCUAUUUCGUAGAAUCUGCAUGCCAAAUAAAUCAGUCAUAACAUCAAUACUAGUAAUAACAGUGGUAUUAGACACAUUCAUAUUCGAAG